CCCUAGUUAGGGGUUUUAGGUUGGAUGCGCAAUGGCGAUGGCGAUGGAGCUGAAUGCCGCCAAAGCUCUGCUUAGUUGCUGCCAUAGGAGGAUCACCCGUGCAACGUACUGUUCUGCUAAAGGGAGGCUAGCAUUAGCGGCAGCGCAAGAGCAAGCGCUUGUCCCGCAGCCAAAGAUCGAAUCCGGGCUUUACUUGGUCGCUACUCCAAUAGGAAAUCUCGAAGACAUCACAAUGCGCGCCUUGAGAGUAUUACGAUCAGUUGAUCUGAUACUGGCAGAGGAUACAAGGCACUCUUCAAAGCUGUUGCAGCAUUACGAUAUCAAAACUCCAAAGAUGAGCUAUCACAAGUUUAACGAGCAAACGAGACAAGAGGAAAUCCUGGAAAGACUGGCAAACCGUGAGGCAUUGGCCCUUGUGAGCGAUGCCGGAAUGCCAGGAAUCAGUGAUCCUGGUGCUGAGCUAGUUAGAGCUUGUAUCGAGGAGAACUAUAAAAUAAUACCAGUUCCCGGACCAUCUGCAGCUCUAACAGCACUAAUCGCCUCCGGACUACCAACAAACGAGUUCUCGUUUGUAGGAUUUCUAUCGACGCAUGCGAGCACCAGGCACAAACGGCUCCUUGUUGCUGCGGAAGAGACAUCGACACAGAUUUUUUUCGUUCCUCCAAACAAGCUUUGCAGCAUACUCGCAGAAUGCGCCACUGCUUUUGGCUCGAACAGGCAUUGUGUGGUCGCAAGGGAGUUAACAAAGAUCUACGAAGAGUUUUGGCGCGGAACACUUGGCAAAGCGCAAGCUCGUUUUAAAGAAAGCGAGCCUCGAGGAGAAGUUACUCUGCUGAUUGACGGAUUACCAGCAAGAGCUGCCGAGAGGUUCCCGAGCAACGAAGAACUGGAAGAUAGACUUGAAAUACUGUUCGAAUCUGGAAAGAGCUUGUCCGAGGCUGUGAAAGAGGUGAGCGAGGAAACUUUUGUGAGGCGAAACUCAGUGUACUCUCUUGCACUGAAAGUGCUGAAGAAAGACAAGUCAAAAAGCGAGGAUAGCAGCUAAUCUGGUUUGUAAGAAUCUCAGAUUUGGAUAGCAAAAAAACUCUACGCUUGUUAUAUACUAUGCACGUAUUCUCAAUGUUUUUUGGAGAGAUUC